GAGGACGAAACGACCCGCGAGCUUUGGAAUACGUCGGUUCCGUUUCUUGUACUUACAUCUCAUCUGGGCGAGCGAGACGAGGGGUUCCGAGCGCUCCAGAUGCAAAUUAUCUUCCUGCUCUCUUACUGUAGCUUAAAAUUUCCGGAUUUCAGUCGUGGUUGAAGUUUCACGUGCUCUAUAUAUAGCUCAUAGCUCAGUCUGUAUCACUUCUCAUCAUCUUUGACUGCGUUAGUAGGAUAUGACUUGUUAAACUAGCUACGGAUUAUAAGUAUGUAGGAAAUGAAAAUCAAAGAGCUUUGUGUUUUAAUUAUCAAAAAUUGGAUUUUGUAUAGUUGAUGAAAAACGAAUGUAAGCCCAAAAGUUAUUAUAAGGACAAAUAAAACAUCAUUAGAUAUAACAAAAGGUAAAUGUAUGACAUCUGUAGUGGUUUUCAGAUCAUCACUUUUCUCCACUUAAAACUUACUAUGAUUUGGGAUGGAAAGUCAAGUCUUAAGUGACUACCACAGCCUCUGCAUCUUGUGUACACAGCAAAGCAUAAAACACUUUCCACACGUCCUGCCAUGCAUUCCGUUGGAAAAUACAGAAUACUUUUGUGUGCUACAAAGAAGAUGCUCCAACAGAAUGGUCUGUAGCACUAUGGUGAUGCUCAAAUGUAAACAUUGAACCACACAGGCUUUUGGUGUUUUAAAUUUUGUGUUUAAACACAUUUACAAUGGCUUUCAUUUAUGCUAGUAUUUAUAACAGCCAUCUUUUUAUCCUUACAUAUCAUAUUUUCCAUUAGUAGUCCAGCAGCUAGGCUUACAAGUUAGGAUUCAUGUUAUGUUUCUCCAUAUUAAACAUCCUUUGCUUAUCUGCAUAUGUAGUCAAGUACCUGUUGAGAAGUACCCUCUAGGUUUCAUUUGAUAUUAAAAGUUCAUAAAGCAGAAUCCAUACCAGAAAAAUAUUCCUUGGCAAUCUACAUUAGCUGUGUUUGUAAACAAUGUAUGCAUCAUCUGCUAGGCGCACCACCUCUCAGGACCAGGGAAGUUGACAUGCUGUCUUGCUAGAAAGUAGGUUAUGGAAAAGUGUUGGCUUUUGCUGGAGUAUCAGGGCUUGUCUACAAUAUCAGUUUCAGAGUGUACUGAUGUACAGACUAAAUACAAGGGUGACCACCAAUAUAGGUCUGCUAUACCCCAUACAUGCAUAAUCACACAAAUAAUAUAUAGAAUACAUAAAGAAAGGGUUAUUAUUGAUGCUGUCAUAAACAUUGCUUGUAUAACUGUGUAAGUUAAUAUACUGGUUGCAUGCACACAUAGCAGUCUAUGGUUGUUACUUAAAUAAUGAACCAAGGUAGUACAGUAUUUAUUAUAAUGUCAUCCAUAAAGCAAGAACACAAAAAUGCACAGGCAUGUGUCACUCUUAUCUGUCUGUAUGUUAUGAGUGCCAUGCCCAAUAGACCACACACUGACCAGUGGCAAUGAUGAAACCAAUCCCAUUUUAACACCCUGCAUGCUGAAUGAUGGUUAACGUCAUAUUCUGUAGCACUGUUCUGGAGUGUGCCCAAUUGCUAUACUGGGAGCCAUACUGUGCAAAGGAACCCUUAAGGUUUGGGGAAAUGUAACAGCAAAUUGUAAUUUGUUGCAGUUUAUUAUUGGCAAUGAAUUUUUAGAAUAUACAGUAAUAAGAAAAAACAAAACAGGUGUAUUUGAAAUUGCAUACAUCCAUAUCCACACCUGUAUUCACAUCCAUAUCCACUCUCACACCUUUAUCAACACUCAUAUCCUCACCUAUAUCUAUACAAACAUAUAUGCCCAUAUCUACGCUACACAUGUCCAUACAUGCUCGCUCGCUCACUCACUUAAACACACACACACACACACACACACACACACACACACACACACACACACACACACACACACACACACACACACACACACACACACACACACACACACACAUGCCCUUUCCUAAAUGCCCACUUAGUCUAAUCACCCUCCAAGAGCUUUGUGCACUUGUGGAGAGUAAUUCCUGUCACCCUGACCCUCAGCCAAAAUUCUCAUGAUUGUAUAUUCCCAUCAUCUCCCCCCUCAGCCAUUUUUUUUUCAUGGGAACAUAUGCACAUCAUCUUUUCAAGACAUAAUGCUCAUGUCACCCAGGUCCAGGGGAUUAAGUAUGCUGUCAUUGGUGACAUUCUCCAAUAAAGGGUGCAUUAUUUCCAGGUUUUAAAAGACGGGGUUGUGGAGAAGAAACUUGUUUUCUUCACCAUGGAGGCAGAAAAAGAGAACAUACAAUCAGGUUUCAAACCUUUAAGGAGGUUAACAUCACUCCGAAGGCAUAGGCCUGAGAAUGACAUGAACGUUGAAGAUUUUAUGAGAUGGGUGGAGAACCAAAGUCCUGGAUUCCAACAACCCUUGUUAAAACAAAAUAGAAGCAUUGAGAAAACUGUAAAAAGGAGAGAGUUACAACCUACAAAUGUGCAGGAGGUAAAUUCUGUACAAAAUGAGGAACAGAGAGAGACUGGUCAGGAAGUCUAUGGAAAUUACCAGCCAAGAAUGCCAAUGACCAAUUUGGCACGACGCAGAUCAGUACAGGCAGACAUUCCCCAUGGGUCAAAAUCAGUGAGUGGUGGUGAUUCAUUACUGAUUGAUGGCAAGGAUGAGCAAAGUUUUCACAAUGCAUUCAGAAGGCGAAGAUCAGUACAAGCAGACAUCUCCCAUGAGGCAAAUUCAGUGAGAGGUGGUGAGCCAAUACUGAAAGAUGGCAAGGAUGAACAAAACUUUCACAAUCCAUUCAGAAGGCUUGGUCACAGAAGAAGGUCUAGCCUGUUAAGCACCCAUGAAGAUGAAGGUUUGGAAAACAAUGCUUUUGCACCAAGUACAGCAGCUUUGACCUGUUCUUUCCAACCAAGUUUAAGGAGGAGAUCCAAGCAAUUAAUGCAAAAUAUUGAAGAGUUACCGCAGAAGCAAGAGGAAUUUUCAUCUCUACAGGCAGAUAUAGAAACUAAAGAUUUUUAUAACAGGAGAAGGUCAGCAAGACUCAUGCAGUUGGAUAAUAUUUCAGAAAAACGUGAACCUUCGUCAUAUUUAGAUUUUGACAAAAAUCACACAGAAAGGGAAUUCAAAGAAAAGCCUGGGAUACUGGAAGAGAAAGAGAGUUUUAACAGACUUGCCACUUCCCAGUUCAGCAAGAAUAUGAAAUUGAUUACAAGUAACUCAAAACCUGUGCCAUCUCCACAUAUGGCUUCCACCAAUACAGAAAGGGCAUCAAAGGGAACGUUUCUCUCUGGAGGAAAAAAAGAUGCUUUUGAGAAAGUGCGUCACUUGAUAGAAAAAGCACGGGAGCAGAGGAAAAUCGCUCUCCUUAAAUCCAACUCCAAAGCUACGCCGAGGAUGAGACCGACUCCUUUAAGGUUGAACCAGGCUUCUACUCAAAGGAGAGGUCACCUUAUGUCCUCAAAAAGAAAACCGGAAGGGAUAACCCAAAGUUCUGGAAACCAAGUUGAGGAAAGAGAGAAUAACUCGCAGUUAUCCAAGGAAUGCUGUCGCACACUACAGUUUGAGAGUGGAGAUGAAGGUGAUGGUUCAGAUAAUACCGAACCUCUGGAUAUGAUGGAUAUAACCAACAUGAUUUCAGGGUCAUCAAUCCUUCAGAGCACAGAGGAACAAGUGAAACAAAACAAACCACCUGCUAUCAAGAAAAAUCUUAUGCAGAUUUCCACCAAAGGCCUUAAGAGGCAAAAUCAAGUUACAAAACAAAAGAGGAUUAACCAGGACAAAAUAGGUUUGAACGAGGAAACCUCAGAAGCUCAGGAUGAGUUCAAGUGUGCAGGAGAUUUUGAAAACGAGUGGUCACAGGAUGAAGAUAAACUGGUUUUGCAGAAAAAUGUGAAACAUGAUGCAGUCAGCAAGAGAAUUGAUGAUGAUACUGUGAACAAAGGGAUAGACAGAAAUGAUAUUUGUGAUAUACCAGAAAAACAGUCAUCUAUUGUGAAAGUCAAAGAGGAGAAACCAGUUACUAAAGUAGCCAAAUUAAAAACACCUACCUAUAAAAUAGCACCAAAGAGCUCCAGGGCAGUUAAUCCAGCUGGUGUUAGACCAGUUAUUGGUAGACCUGUGCAGAGAAAUCAGGCACUGAGGGAUACAAAGACCAAAGUUCAAGGUCGUACCCCAAACAUCCGUAGACGGUCUACUAAAGAUUUAAAAGUCUCUGUACAGACUUCAUCAGGGCCGAGUUCUCAUACUGUUGAGGUACAAACAAGCCCUGCAGUAGUGAAAAGUGAUGCUUCAACGAACACACAAAUAAAAUAUACAUAUGGAAGAUCCCUUGACCCUAAAUUGAUGAGUGAGCUUGAGACACUCAGCAAGGAGCAAGAUGAGAUUGCAAAGGAAGCACUGCUAAUCAGAGAAAGAACUACAAUGAGACAGAAGAGAAUGAGGGAAGAUGGUAUUCUGGAUAGUUUUGCUGCCACAAUAUCUCCUCUCAAAAGGUUAAAGGCUAUGAUGCAAGAGAAAAAAACAGUUGUUCAUUCUACAAAGAAGGAAUAUGACUCCUCAGAAAUGGGCUCCCAGUCACAAAUCAACAAGAGUGUCCAAUUCAGUGAAACUUCAAUAUUUUAUGAAGCACCAGAGAUAGAUGAACAGCAUGAAGAAUAUGAGACACCAGACACAAGCAUUCAAAUGUGUAACAGCUUAAAUGCCAGUCUGUCACAUUGGAAUUCCUUGAAAGGUAGCAACAGUUUUCUCCAAACACCUGUUUCAAAAAAAGAGUCCAUCCAGCCAGCCAAAGAAGAAAAAGAGGAAUUCCUUCCUCCUACAAAUGAUGUCCCUGGAGAGAAAUCACCAUUUACCGAAUUAGCUGGGAAUUGUGAACGUCCAUCACUAGCUCCCCUCACACCUCACUCCCGAAAAGAAGUGUCUGUUUUAAAGCUGGCGUUGCGGAAACAGUUAGAGCAGUUAUACGAUUAAUUUAUUUGUUUUUUUAGAAGUUAUAUUUAGUUCUCCAUUUUGAGGCAAAACAUUUACUUUUAUUUUUUUUUUCUGUAUUAGGAUAUUGUUAAUAAUGAAUGUUUUCUGUAAAGGUACUGUUUAACAGUUUAAAGUUCUUAACUGUAAAAUAUGUUGCCUGGCCAUAAGUAUAAAGAAUCAGUAUUAGUGGUAGAUUUAUACUAAAUUUACAUAUAUUGUUAGGGUAAUAAGUUUUAUUUGCAUGAAAUUACUUUUUUUUGAAGUAAUUAUAUAUUUUAUAUGAAAAGAAAUGCUGAAAAUAUAUAUUUAGCUAAAACGUGUACAAAAAUAUUCAUGCAGUACUCAUUCUGGAAUCUUAUUCUUUAAUUAAAUAGAAGAAAUAUGUAUAUUUGUUAGAAUGAAAUGGAUAGACAUUGUUAGAACUAGAUAGAUUCAUUUAUUCCAUUCAUUUUUCAUUUCCUGAAAAAUAAAAUGUUUACAUGUAUGUAUAUAAACAAAAUGUCCACCAAUUUACAAAGAAAAUAAAAUGAAUAGUAUUAUGUCUCUUGCAUUUCAUUAAUUUGUUUCUUUAGGUAAGAGAGGUGAAUGUUCAUGUGUAAACAUGAACAUUGUGUGAAAUGUGCACCAGUUUAUGAGGAAAAUAAACUGAACAGACAGACAUUUGGCA